AUAUAAAAUAAAACCAAUUAUUCGUAGUUCUUAUUAACAGCAAAAUAUUUUCUAACAGAACAAACUGCAUCACCAGGUUUAAGUUUGAUAUCCUCCCUGCGUCAAAUAGUUAUUUGCCCUUCUCUAACAAUAUUUGGAUCAUUUGACGCUUUGAAAAAUGCAAUUUUGUUAGUUUUCUCCUGGUCCCGAUGACUUUUAUAUCCCGAUUUACAAUAAAAAACAAACGCAUUUGACCAUUUUUUGUUCAAAAUUUAAAUACUGCGAAUAUUUUGGAGCAUCUGUAAAUAGAUGCAUAUUUUUACUUCUAAAAUCAGUUUUUUUCAGUUCAAAACACUCAAAGAUUAUUUAGAACUGUCAGUAAAUUACUUUUAAUGUUUUAUUAAAUGCAAUGUUAUUAUUUUGCCAGGGGACUACGAAAUCCUAUCGAAUAUUAACAUGAAAUUCACGAACUAACACGUAAUUAUACGUAAUAACGUGGUAAUUAUAACUCACAGGGUGGUCAACUCAUGGGUCGUUCGUAUAUUUUUAAAUAUUUAGUAUCAGGAUUAUAAAGAUACACAUAUGAAGCGUUAAUUAUUGAAAAAGUUGUAAAAUUUAAUUUUAAAAUAUAACGGAUCACAUUGAAAACCUAAAUAUUCGCACAUUUCACACGGAUUUCAAUCAUUAUUUCGUGAAUGUAUAUUUGCAGCCAUGCAUCUAAAUUUCUCGAGCGACUUGAGUUAGAGAAGUUCAGCUGUAAAAUUGAAAAAGUAACAAAUUUAUUUUAUUUUUUAAAAGUAUAUUCUCCUUUAAUGUUGCACAGAAUUGUAUAAUAUUUUACCAGACGACGCAAAAUGAUCUAUUUAUUCGUGCUAACAUAAAAACUCAAAAUCGGAAAAAAAUUACUUAGAGCGGUAUGCUAACAGAACGCGAGUUGGAGCUGUGUAUGGACUAAAUUAGAACUCAAGCUCUCCGCAAUGGAGCCAUCGAUAUGUAAUCACAAAAUACAUGCGAUGACAGACACUGCCAAACAAAGCGAGCAUCACUGAAAAAGAUACUUCUUAGUAAAAAACGUCGCGUGAAAUGCAUGAAGGCUUGGAUGACCUAGUCAAGAUAUGUUCUGCUAGUAGAAAGCCAGGGCGAUAAAAGCUGGAAUGAGCUUGGGUUUGCUCUUCGUCGGCAUGUUUACUGCUGUGAAUUGAGAGAUGAUAACUAAAAUUAAAACGGAUCGGUGAUGAAAAACAUAAGUAAUUGAUGGAUGUUCAAUAUGGAUGACAAAUAUAAUUUGACGGAUACCACAUGGAAUCUUUAUCUCUUCCCGAAAUUAUCUCGUACGCAAAUGAUUUUUCUCCUAUAUGUGCUGAUUGCACGUGCUCGACCUGCAAACACCACACGAAAGCCUACGUUCAUCACUUAUGUCAAACCAAAGAAUUACUCGGCCUAGUACUUUUAAUGAUACACAACAUGCACCACUAUAUGGAGUUCUUCGAAGCGAUUCGAAGCAACUUAAGAAAUGCAACAUUCCUAGCAUUUAAAGAAAAUAUUGUUUCCAAGUAUCUAUCACAUAUUCGUCGUUCCUAAUGCCAAUGUAAAUUAAAUAAAAUGCUUUGUAAAAAUGCUUUCAAUAAAGUUACUUUCUUACCAA